GCCGGGUGGCGACUGGCUCCCGGGUCUGAGGGGCUCCUGCUUGUCAGGUUCUAGGCUACCUGAGAAGACAGAGCAUUCUUUCUUAGAUCAAGUCAUAGAUGUCUGUUGGAGGGGAAGGAUGUGCUGGGAUUUUCUUACCACAUUCUGCUUGCCUGAUGUCUUCAGGAUGAGGAAGACAUGCGGGUUCUUGGAUUGCUCUUUGUGCAAAAACUGGCUUCUUCCUUCUUGUCUGCUUGCCUGAUCUGGUGUCUCCGAAUGAGGAAGGAGUCCCUCAGAUCUAGAUGUGCUGACUAGCAGGCUCACUCGUGCGGUGUAGAAGACAAGCUUACCUUACAAAAUGGGAUUUGGGAGUGACCUGCGGAACUCACAGGAAGCUGUGUUAAAGUUGCAGGACUGGGAAUUACGGUUACUGGAAACAGUGAAGAAAUUUAUGGCCUUGAGAAUAAAAAGCGAUAAAGAAUAUGCAUGCAAUUUACAGAAUCUUUGUAAUCAAGUUGAUAAAGAAAGCACCGUGCAGGUGAAUUACGUCAGUAAUGUGUCCAAGUCUUGGCUACUGAUGAUUCAGCAGACAGAGCAGCUUAGUAGGAUAAUGAAGACGCACGCAGAGGACCUGAACUCCGGGCCCUUGCACAGGCUCACCAUGAUGAUCAAGGACAAACAGCAGGUGAAGAAGAGCUAUGUGGGCAUCCACCAGCAGAUAGAGGCAGAGAUGAUCAAGGUCACAAAGACAGAAUUGGAGAAAUUAAAAUCCAGCUAUCGACAGUUAAUAAAAGAAAUGAAUUCUGCCAAGGAGAAAUAUAAAGAAGCCUUAGCCAAAGGGAAGGAAACAGAAAAGGCCAAGGAGCGCUAUGACAAAGCUACAAUGAAGCUUCAUAUGCUGCAUAAUCAGUAUGUAUUGGCACUGAAGGGGGCGCAGCUCCAUCAGAGUCAGUAUUACGAUACCACACUUCCUUUGCUGCUGGACUCUGUGCAAAAGAUGCAAGAAGAAAUGAUAAAAGCACUAAAAGGUAUAUUUGAUGAAUAUAGCCAGAUAACAAGCCUUGUUACAGAGGAAAUAGUGAAUGUCCAUAAAGAGAUUCAGAUGUCCGUCGAACAGAUAGACCCUAGCACAGAAUAUAAUAAUUUCAUAGAUGUUCACAGAACAACAGCUGCUAAAGAACAAGAAAUCGAAUUUGAUACUUCCUUAUUAGAAGAAAAUGAAAGCCUUCAGGCAAAUGAGAUCAUGUGGAAUAAUUUAACAGCAGACAGUUUGCAAGUAAUGUUGAAGACUUUAGCAGAAGAGCUCACGCAGACACAGCAGAUGCUCUUAAACAAGGAGGAGGCUGUGCUGGAGCUGGAGAAGAGGAUUGAAGAAUCUUCUGAGACCUGUGAAAAGAAGUCUGACAUUGUGCUGCUUCUGGGCCAAAAACAGGCUCUUGAAGAGUUGAAACAGUCAGUCCAGCAGUUGAGAUGCACUGAGGCAAAGUGUGCAGCACAGAAAGAAUUAUUGGAACAAAAAGUACAAGAAAAUGAUGGGAAAGAACCGCCUCCCGUGGUGAAUUACGAAGAAGAUGCGCGAUCAGUCACAUCAAUGGAGCGAAAGGAGAGGCUAUCCAAAUUUGAAUCUAUUCGUCAUUCAAUUGCUGGAAUAAUCAGGUCUCCAAAAUCGGCCCUGGGUUCAUCACCACUCUCUGACAUGAUGUCUAUGAGUGAGAAGCCCCUGGCGGAGCAUGACUGGUACCAUGGCGCAAUCCCCAGGAUAGAGGCCCAAGAGCUACUGAGGCAGCAAGGAGACUUCUUGGUGCGCGAGAGCCAUGGGAAACCCGGUGAAUAUGUCCUUUCUGUGUACUCAGAUGGACAGAGGAGACACUUCAUCAUACAGUUUGUCGAUAAUCUGUAUCGAUUUGAGGGCACUGGGUUUUCAAAUAUCCCUCAACUUAUAGAUCACCACUUCUCAACAAAACAGGUCAUCACCAAGAAGUCUGGGGUGGUUCUGCUGAAUCCUAUUCCUAAGGAUAAGAAAUGGAUUCUCAAUCAUGAAGAUGUUACAUUGGGAGCAUUACUGGGCAAGGGGAAUUUUGGUGAAGUAUAUAAGGGUACACUAAAGGAUAAAACUGCCGUUGCUGUUAAAACAUGCAAGGAAGAUCUUCCUCAGGAAUUAAAAAUCAAGUUUUUACAAGAAGCCAAAAUUCUCAAGCAAUAUGAUCACCCCAAUAUUGUCAAACUUAUAGGCGUGUGCACACAAAGACAACCUGUCUACAUCAUUAUGGAACUGGUCCCAGGAGGUGAUUUCCUGUCCUUUCUGAGGAAGAGGAAGGAUGAACUAAAGCUCAAGCAGCUAGUAAGGUUCUCCUUGGAUGUUGCGGCUGGCAUGUUGUAUCUCGAGAGCAAGAACUGUAUACACAGGGACCUGGCUGCACGAAACUGCCUGGUAGGUGAAAAUAAUAUUCUGAAAAUCAGUGAUUUUGGAAUGUCUCGGCAAGAAGAUGGCGGAAUAUAUUCAUCCUCUGGCUUAAAGCAGAUUCCCAUUAAAUGGACAGCACCAGAAGCCCUUAAUUACGGGAGAUACAGCUCUGAAAGUGACGUGUGGAGCUUUGGCAUCCUCCUCUGGGAGACCUUCAGCCUGGGAGUCUGUCCGUAUCCUGGAAUGACAAACCAGCAGGCCCGGGAGCAGGUGGAAAGAGGAUACCGGAUGUCAGCCCCACAGAACUGUCCAGAAGAGAUUUCUAAAAUCAUGAUGAAGUGUUGGGAUUACAAGCCUGAGAACCGCCCUCGGUUCAGCGACCUUCACAAAGAGCUCACUGCCAUCAAGAAGAAAAUCACAUAGUGCCGGCCAGGGCCAGACUCCACCCGUAGGGCUCUGUCCUCAGCUACCCCGACUGUACCACCUUCCUGCAGCCAUCUUGGAAGGCUGUGGUUUUUAUGAACCGGGUUUCUUAAAGUCUGUUCCACUUUAAAAUAUGUUAAAGGCAAAUUUAUUCAAGAAAUAAACAGUCCUACCCUGGGCGGUAGUAGCUACCACAGAACCCUACCCUGUGCGGCUGCUGUAAAGAAAAAGCACAGGUCUAACUGAGAAGAUAAAAGGCCUAUGUUUUCAUGCCUAGGACCAUUGCUGUUCCGCCAAGGUCUUCUACCUGAGGCCCAGCCCAUGGGUAACUGUCUUCUGCCACAGACCCUCCUCAGUCGGUGCUAUAAACAGCGUUGGCAGCGCAUGCUCGCAGGGCGCGUUCCCACCACAGUGGCUCUCUACUCUGCCAAGGCGAGAUUGUAUCUAUAAAUAUAAUCAUACAUUGGGAAUUACUUGGACCUCCUAGGGUUUUCCUUUUCUUUCCUGUCAGAACAAGCCCAGUGAGAGCAUCACACCCCUGUUCUUUUGUCUUUUACUUCCUCAGUCCAGGCUGCAUGGAAAAUCCCCAGAGAGCACACAGUAUGGAGGCAGCUGCUUCUGCAGGCCACUGCAGAGGACAGGGAGGACAAGAAGUGUGUGACCAGGAGGGCAGGCUGAGAAAACAGCAGCUAGCCAGUGCUCGACAGGGAAAAGAAAACACAGCCUGCUUGCCUUCCAGACUUGCACCUUUUAAUACACUGUAUCUGUGGUCUGAAUUCCCUGACGAAGCCUAGGAAAUGUCUCAGGAGCUCAUGGAGUCCAGAGGAGACUUCUUAGAGAUCCUGAAGUCCACAGAAGGAACAGCAUGACCUAAUCGUGUACCCUCAACCUAGGAGACAACCCAGAAUGGAAUUCCCAUCAUUUGUACCAGUUCCUGAACCUGCAGAGUCCAUGACUCAUCUCCACACACAUCUACCGAAGUGCACAGUUGCUAUAAAUGAAAUAGAUGGACCAGAAGUCAAGUAAAUAUUAAUGAAGAAAAACCCUAGGGCACCCACACUUCCGGCUCCUCUUUUUCCCUAAAGGCAGUACCCGGAAAUCUUACUGAUAGCUCAUGGGUAUGCAAGCACACACAUCGUUAAAGGUGUCUCCUGUGUACCAAGUGUAUGGCAGUUCAAUCUAAGAUUUGGUUGAAGUGAAUCUUAGCUGUGUCCAGGGAACUUCCCCAUGAUCUAUCCACAGUUGUCUCAGGAUCAGUGUGUCUGGGGGAUAGUCUCACUCAAGGGAAGAUGUGGCCUGGAAGUCUUCACCAAAUUCUCAGACCUGUGUCCAGACAGACAUUGCUUUAGGGACUACUCAGUCUGUGUUGAAGAGCUUAUGAUGGCAAAUCCCUCCCUUCCGGGCUGUGUAGAACAUAGACCAGACUCUAAAUGUUAUAAAGGAGGCUCCUGAAGACAACGGCUCGUAUCUUUCAUUUCAGCCUCCUUGCUCAUUUUAUACACAUGUAAUGAUCAUACAUGCAGACUAAAGAAAAGGCCAUAUGAGCCUGCCCACAACAGUACACUGCCCCACACAGAGCAGCCCCGUCAUCGGCACCACGCUCCCGCAGGUCAGACACCACAAACAAGCUUAGCUCCCUUUUAAUGGCACACACCACGGAAACCCAAGUGCAGACUCCAGAAUUCAGACUCAGUGCUGUGCUCUCCAGGCAUCUGCCGGCCCUCAGAAGGAGAUAAGACGUUCCCUUUCAGGGUUUCCAAGUGAAUCUAUCUAUAAAACAAUUUUUGUCCAUGAGAAAGAAAGAACAACCUCUCAGAACUACACUCCCGGCCACGGAAAAGAGACUUGGCUCUAACUCUGUGAACAAGACCCGAAGCUUAAUCCUUGCAUUCUGCUUUAAAGAGAACAUGGCAUUGAUAAUUUCACUCAUCUCGGCUGUUGGGAUUUGCAAUUCACAUCAAAACUCUUUGCUUAAAUUAAAAAGGCUUUUCAAAACA